CUGUACUAAUACUAAUGAGAUAGUGUAGUAGUGUUUCUCAGUGCGCCACGAGACCAAGACGCCUCUCUCACAUGAGGAUGAUAUCAUGUCAUUUAAUGGCUGUAGAACAUGUAAUAUGCGUAGUGCAACAUAUGGAAGUUCUUGUGACGUAAAUGUUGACAUAAGAUGGUGUCUUCAGUACGACAUUGGUACGACAACCUAAUGCGCAAACGUGGUGGGCAGCCUAUAUGAUAGUUACUAAGAUGGCCUUCUUUCUGACUAACCUAACCUAACCUAACCAUUAACAACACAGUCCAUCGAUACGGCCGGCGCACAUUACCUAUAUCCAUUGUGAAUAUUGGCGUACGUCUGCCGUACUUGUAUCUACUACGUACUGUUGUUCAUGUGAGCAGAGUGAAGCGCCAUCAUUGUUCUGUCAUAACGGGUAAAAUGGAAGAGGUUAUUGCCUCAACACUGGCAGCCAACACGACGGUCCUGGCUAAUCCCUACACUCACCAGCAGCGACUGUGUUUGGCGAUGUUCUGCUUCUGUAUAGCUGUCGUGGGCACCAUCGGUAAUGUAAUAGCUGCUGCCGCUCUACUGUUGGACAAGAACCUCCGUCAGAACCCCUCCACGGCCUUCAUGGUGAACCUCCUCUUAAGCCUCGUGCCAGUCAACGCCCUCGGCCUGCCUUGGUACGGCAUUAGGGUGCUGCUCGAGGGAUCCUUCCCGAAGAAUAUGAUCAUCAUUCUCCGUGUGAUGAACUUGAUCUUUAUCCAAGUUCAUCUGCACACCAUCUGUGCUGUCGCCAUCAUCAGGACGCUAGCGAUGAUGCACUCCCACACGUACAAGCGACUGAUGCAGAAGCGGUGGGUGGCUGUAUGCUUAGUGGUCAUCUGGCUCUACUCUUCGCUCCUCUGGCUGCCGCUAUACUCAGGUGUGUUCGGUGAUCUUAAGUAUGACCGAAGGCAGCUGUCGGUGUCCCUCAGUUCUGACACCUACGAUCGUAUCCAUGACAGCAUCGCCUACGGUCUUCCCCUCUUCAUCACCAGUACUUGUUACAUCUUCAUGUACAUCAAGGUCCAGCUCUUGAAACGAGGAAGUUCCCGCCGACACAAAACCGUGGAUGGCGUACAGGAAAAUGAUGCCAUAAACCACUGGAGAAACCACGUCACGCGCACCAUCCUCGUCAUCUUCGUCAUCUUCACUGUAUGUAACGUGCCAUACUUCAUCAUGCUUAUACUUCGAGUGGACAAGAUAUUACCAACAAUCUGGAUCAUCUUUCUUGUCAUCUUCUCGGCCCAGUUUUGUGUUUCCCCGGUGGUGUAUGUGACGGUCAGCCAGGAGUACCGCAGGGCCAACGUUCACCUCCUCCGCAAAAUGUUGUCCUCUACAAGAAUCUUAAAGACUUCCCAAAACGAAAUAGUGAAAAGACGGAACACUGAUGAUCGUAAGACUGAAGAUUCGACAUAUUCCAAAAGACAAACUUUCUUAAUUCCACGAUGAAUGAAUUAAUCCAAAGAUGAAACUUAUAACAUCAAUACAAGUUUUCUUCAGUGUUCAUCAAGAUGAAGCAUUUCAACACGGCACAUUUUCGUUAUAAAGUUCAAGAGAUAAAUAGAGCUGAUUAAAAGGUUAUCAUAUAUAAAUGUGAGCUUUAUAUUCUGUUCAGAAUGAUCAAUGCUUUUAAAAGUCUUUUGGUAAAUAAGGGUUGUGUGGCAGAACAUAAUGACAGUGGCAAAAUUUUCAUACAAGUAAUCACGUGAUAUCACAACACAAUACAAUAGCCCUUGGAGAACGUGUGUCACCUGCGUGUAUAUAAUAGAUCACAAUGACAAGGAGACGCCUCGGUGUAUAAACAUUACGACAGUAGAGGUUUCAUCUCUCCCCUGUGUCACUUAUUUGGAACACAAGAUUGCUGCCAGAAAAUCACUACUAUUUUACAAAGCCAACAAGGUGUAUAAUUGUUAACUUAAGUUGGAAGAAACAUAAUUACCAUGUAUUAAUAAUAUCUAAUUUGUAAACACAAGAUUUGUUAUUGUAUAAAUAUCAGCUGAUGUUGAUUACAGCUACGAGUGCGAUAUCAGAAUAAAUUUGUAGGCGUAGUAUGAAGAUAUCAAGCUAGUCAUAAAUGUAUGUCUCCUUACUCAGGGUACAAAGUUCAAGGGUGUUGGGUUACGCCUCUGAUGCACCACUGAUUGAAGAACAGGUGUUGACAACUGUGUGUCAUUAAUACAGUACAGGCGCUGACAGAUGUGUGGUAGUGUACAAGACAUACUGCUGUGCGAAGGUCGCCAUGGUAGUGAAGUCGUCUUUGUAAUGUAUAAGACUAAGACAUUAUAAAAAAUAUCACCUUAUAUAUAAUUAUAAAAUGGAAAAAGAAAUCUAAUAAUUUAGUAUAUAAAUAUUUUCCUUUAACUUUAGUAACAACAGAUUGUAUGGGUUGAGUAAGUUAUGGUAGUUCAGACAUUGACAACAGUUGUCAACAAGAACUAGUAAUGUCAAUAUGAACCUGUAUUGUAUUGUUAACAUGGUAGAACAUGUUUUCUAUUUACUCAUUAACGUGUCAUGGGGCUGAAGCCGGCUUCGGCUUCUGGAAGCCAGACUUUUUGGUUCUUGGCUUCGGCCCCAUGUCUGUAUGUUUACUACACUGUAUCCUCAGUAAACUGGUGGCAAGUACUGGGCAUGUAUUGGUUUUAAGAAAAUUAUGGAGCCGAGAUAUACCUAUAUACAAGUUUGUAGUUGUAUUUUAAUGGUACUGAAAUUUAUCUAUUGUAAGUCAUAUAUGUGUGUACCUAUAUAGUAUAUCAGCUUUGUUAAAUUUGUAUUAAAUGAAUUAUUUGAUAACAACUAUACAACUAACACAUCAAACCAUCAGUUAUAAUAACUUUUGAGUCAAACGCAACAUUUCCCCAACCUAGAAAACACACCACCGUGAGUCAGAAUUUGAAGUGUCGUGAACCCUGUACCGUGUGACGUCACCACUAUCAACUCGCCACAGUGUAAAGUCCCCUGCACUAAUGCGUUUACAGGGGCUCGUCAGGUUUUGUGCAAUGUGGCAACCCUGUGUUUGUAGACAUUCGACAGAAGAAAAUUCGCAAUACUUAACAUAAAAUAGAAUCAAUUUAAAACAAUAUUAAAGCAAAUAUCUCAAAGAUAAUGAUAUGAGGAAUGUUUAUAUGAUAAGUCCCUGUAAACGGGGGACUGUGUACAGUAUAUGACAGACUGCCCGGCGACCAACAAGAUUACUUCCAUAUCUGUAGUUAAUUUGUAUGUUCACUCCAUGUUACUUCUCUUUUUGUACAGGAAGUUUUGACAGUCAAGUGACCCACUCCCCAUUCUCACAAUAUCAUCUAUUGUAUAAUAUUCUCAACCGUUUAGCUGCCAUGUUCUCAAUAAACCGUUAAUUAUUA